AUGUGGAAGAAUCUGGUGGAAUUUUGGGAAUCUCCUAAAGGUGAGGAAAGAAGCAAAAGAAAUAUUGAAAAUAGGAGCAAGUCAAUGAUGUGUCAUUAUGCUAGCUCUAAGAGUUUUGCACGUAUACGAGCAGAAAAAAAGAAAAAAGAAGGAAAAGAGCCUGAUCCUCUUGACGUAUUGCUAGAAACCCAUGAACCAAAACAGGGUUCUCGACUUGAUAAUGCAUCAGCUACUGUGAAAAAAGCAAUUCAAGAAGAUUUGGCUCGCCUCCCUCAAAGUUCUAGCCCAUGUGCUUAUGAAGAACAACGCUUAGCCAUUUUCAGAAAAUAUGUGGGAGAAGAUAAAAAUGGUUAUGCUAAGAAUUUUGGCUUGGGGGUUAAGGUUCCUCGAUCUCGUACAAAAAGAUGCGCUUUGGAGGAAGAGCGUGCCAAGAGAAUUGAAGAUGAAGAAGAUGAAGAAGAUGGGGAAAAUGCUAAAGAAGAGGAAAAUGCUGGUAGUGAAUGCAAUGAUGAAAAUGAGAAAGAUAAUGAAGAUUUUAAUGACUAUGGAGGUGAGGAACAUGACUAUCAUGCACAAAAUGAUGAAGACAUGGAAUUUUAUGAUUAUGAUUAG